CACACACCUCAGAAUCCCCAAACCAAUUCACUCUCAAAUUAAGACCAGAUUAUCACCACUGUCUGUGUGUGCCUAUGUAUGUGUAUCUAUAUGAGACUGAACUGAAGUCUCUUUUUGCAUACUGUAUACCAGUUACAUGCAUCAACAUAGACGCCAAAAAAGACAAUACAUACCUUCACAUUGAGAUCAAUGCAUGCCGCUGUGAGAAAAGAACAUAGAAUAAUUAAAUUUCCACUUAUCAAUACAGUUCUUCUUGCUUGUUGCACCAAUCAACUCAAUUAAACCACAGGAUUAUAAAUUAGUCAUGAAUGUGAUAGACAUUCCAGGUUAACACCUCUACUGUGUCUGGAGCAAAAAUAAAACAACAGAGAAAUGAUGGAGGGAAAAAGAGAGAGAAAACGAGGGAUGGAGAGUGAGAGAGAGUGGGUAAUGAGAGAGGAACAACAACCACAAAAAAUCACCUAUAGAAAGAGAAAAAGAGAGAGAGAGGAGAAGAGCAGGUAGUAUCUAACAACCACAACAAAUUGUCUAGAGAAAGAGAGAGACACAGAGAGAGGAGAAGAGCAGGUAAGUUGACAGUGAAGUUUAGAGAGACUGUGUGUGUCUGUUAUUGUAGACAGAGGGAGUGACAGUGAAGUUUAGAGAGACUGUGUAUAUCUGUUAUUGUAGACAGAGGGAGAGACAGUGACAGUGAAGUUUAGAGAGACUGUGUGUAUCUGUUAUUGUAGACAGAGGGAGUGACAGUGAAGUUUAGAGAGACUGUGUAUAUCUGUUAUUGUAGACAGAGGGAGAGACAGUGACAAUGAAGUUUAGAGAGACUGUGUGUAUCUGUUAUUGUAGACAGAGGGAGAGACAGUGACAGUGAAGUUUAGAGAGACUGUGUAUAUCUGUUAUUGUAGACAGAGGGAGAGACAGUGACAGUGAAGUUUAGAGAGACUGUGUGUAUCUGUUAUUGUAGACAGAGGCAGAGACAGUGACAGUGAAGUUUAGAGAGACUGUGUGUAUCUGUUAUUGUAGACAGAGGGAGAGACAGUGACAGUGAAGUUUAGAGAGACUGUGUGUAUCUGUUAUUGUAGACAGAGGGAGUGACAGUGAAGUUUAGAGAGACUGUGUAUAUCUGUUAUUGUAGACAGAGGGAGAGACAGUGACAGUGAAGUUUAGAGACCAUGUGUGUCUGUUAGACAACUAGUGAGAGGGAGACUGAGAUAGAGAGGGAAUAAGAGAGAGGCAGAAGGAGGGAGCGACAGCAAGAGGUAGAGAAAGGUUGUCUGUGUCAGUCCACAGUGUUAUCUGCCGUGUUAGUCUCAGGAGGCUGUAGUAAAGAACAGCAGAAGACCCUGUGUCGUUAGUUAUGCUACUAACCAGAGUGACUGGACCACCGGCUCAAGGGUGCUGUACUGUUGCCAUAGUAACUGGGUUAACGGGACCAUCUCGUAACAGAUUGUAAUGAUGACUUGACCGCUGGCACCGUAACCGUUCUGUCUGCUGUUACCAUAGUAAUAAAGUAACUGGACCACCAGCUUGGCACUGAUUGUAACCGCAUUAACAGGGGUAAGCGGGACCUCAUCAUGUGGGAGGGGGGCACCAGAGUGGGAUCAAAGAGAGCAGGGUGCGUUCUGUGGUGGCGCUGAUCGGACCGCUCUACCGCUCCAGACAACACAGAGAGGGGGAGAGAGAGGGGGAGAAGGAGGACGAGUGGAAGCAGGAGAGAGAGCUGCUGACCAUCUCUAAUGUUCCCCUGGCAGACUGCCCCCCCUCUCCUCCGCGCACCGCACCCCCCACCAUGAAGUCUGCCCAUUUCUUCGACAUGAUGGAGAAGAUGGAGGAUGACUACAUCCCAUACCCCAGGAUAGAGGAGGUGCUGGAGAGGGGUGGUCCGUACCCCCAGGUGAUCCUGCCAGAGUUUGGGGGAUACUGGAUCGAGGACCCUGACGCCCUCGUCCCCACACCCCCUUCUCAGUACCCCAGCCUGUGUGACAGGGGGGACGGCGGAGGGGGAGGAGAAGGGGAAGAGGGGGACGCUGCCCUAGUGGGUUAUGGGUACCGGCUGGAGAGUAACGACGCAGCACGCGCCUACAGGAAGCACUUCCUGGGCAAGGACCACUUGAAUUUUUACUGCAUGGCCAGUAGUCAUGGCAACCUCAUUCUGUCUGUGAAACACGAGGAAGUGAAGGGUCAGGAGUAUCUACAUGUCAUCCUCAGGUCUAGGAUGAAAACAAUGUAUGAUAGGAUAUCUCUAGCAGAACUUCCUGAGCUGCCUAGUGUCCCUCAACUAGCCAAGCUGCUGUGUGAGGAUGCUGUUGGUCUCAGAUUCAGUCCAGUUCUGUAUCCCAAGGCCUCCCAGCUUAUAGUGAGCUAUGAUGAACAUGAGGUGAACACCACCUUCAAAUUUGGGGUCAUCUACCAGAGGUUUGGACAGGUUUCGGAGGAGGAGUUGUUUAAAAACAGUGAGGAGACACCAGCCUUCACUGAGUUCCUCAGUUUACUGGGAGAGACUGUAGACCUACAGGACUUUAAAGGGUUCCGUGGUGGUCUGGAUGUGUGUCAUGGUCAGACAGGUUCACAGUCGGUCUACACAGACUACAGAGAACAGGAGAUCAUGUUCCACAUCUCUACCAAGCUGCCCUACACAGAGGGAGACAUGCAACAGCUCCAGAGGAAGCGACACAUAGGAAAUGACAUCGUAGGAGUGGUGUUCCAGGAAGAGGCCACACCCUUCGUAGCAGACAUGAUUGCCUCAAACUUCCUCCACGCCUUCAUACUGGUGCAGGUGGACAACCCCUGUACCCAACAAACCACCUACAAGGUGUCAGUCACAGCCCGAGAGGGUGUACCUUCAUUUGGCCCGCCCCUCCCCAGUCCAGCAGUGUUUAAAAAGGGUCCAGAGUUCAGAGAGUAUCUUCUCACUAAGUUGAUCAAUGCAGAGAAUGCCUGCUACAAGAGUGACAGAUUCGCCAGGCUGGAGGAGCGGACGCGGGCGGCACUGCUCGACGGUCUACAUGACGAGCUGCACAGACACACCCAGCGCAUGUUGGGAGUGGGCAUUGGCCCCGAGGAGGAGCGGGUGGAGAAUGGACACGGCCACGGAGGACUGCUGGAGUCCAUCAAGAGGGCGAUGCGAGGAAGGAGUGUCUCCAUGGAGAUGAUGGCAAAGGGUGGAGGAGGUGGCGGUGGCCUGUCUACCAGUCUGAGUGGAGGGGUUCUGCUCCACAGCAGCUCUGAUGCAACUAAUGUUAAGUCUCCAGUGAAACGUCGCUCUGGUCUUUUCCCUCGUCUGCUCAGUAUAGACAGCCAGACAGAGAGACAUAACCACAAUCAUCGCAGUCUCCAUAGUGACCAGAGAAGCUUUGAUACUGGCCACCCCAUGCAGGAAGUGAGGUCAGAGACCCUCUCUAACCCCAGCUCUCCAGAGGCCUCCCUUAAGGAAAGGCCCAGCAGUGUAAAGUUGAAUGAGUGCAGUGCCAGUAGGACUAACGUUUCACGCUCCUCAUCUAGUACAAAUAGCUUCAGCAGUGCAGCAGGCGAGGGAGAGGCCACCGACACUGACUCUAACACCCUGGCACCCUCAGUGUUCCCUUCUGUUCACAGCCCCUCCCUCACUGUUGAAGGUCAGAGUUCAGGGACCCCUGUCAUUAUGUGUCGCAGCCCCACAGAGUUAAAGAAUAAGAGUUCUCCUAGAUCCAACUUAAAGUUCCGUUUUGAUAAAUUGAGUCACUCUGCAGCAGGACACUAGGUGAGAGAUGUGGGAUGAGAGAGAGAUAAAACAGUUCAAACGGGAUGGAGGUAUGAAGGGCAGUACAUUAGGGAUGGGUGGAGAGAAAUAACAAGAGAGACAAGGCCCCUCCAACCUGAGGAAGAGGAUGAAAGAAGAGAAAUGGCUCAAGAUGGAUGAUUCGGUACACACACUACAGUGGAAGUUUUGGGCCCAGGCUGUGCUCUGCCUAGUGGGUAACGGUCCUUUCAUAUUCAGCUGUCUGUGUAGUUGUUUCCUGAACACUGAUCAAAGUUCUACGAGUGGCUCUAACAUGGAUCCUUGUCAGCAACUGCACUGCAUUCAAUACCACAGAACUGUAAGGCAUAGAUUCAACUCAACAUCACUAAGGCCAGGAGUUUUUCCUGACCAUUUGGUCUAACCAGGAAAAACUCUGGCCAUAGGCAUCACCAAAGGAGGCAAUAUUGAUGUCCAGACGGCCAUUCUUGGAAAGGGAAAAAUAAUCAUGGCUUGCCAUACAAAAUAAAAUGUUACAAUCUGAGGGUCCCUGGAAUUUCUACACUGAACAAAUAUAUAAAUGCAACAUGUAAAGUGUUGGUCCCAUGUUUCAUUAGCUGAAAUAAGAUCCCAGAACGAUACGCACAAAAAUAUUAUUUCUCUAAAAUGUUGUGCUCAAAUUUGUUUACAUCCCUGUUACUGAGCAUUUCUCCUUUGCCAAUAUAAUCUAUCCACCUGACAGCUGUGGCAUAUCAAGAAGCUGAUUAAACAGCAUGAUCAUUUCAUGUGCACCUUGUGCUGGGGACAAUAAAAGGCCACUCUAAAAUGUGCAGUUUUGUCACCCAACAGAUGUCUCAAGUUUUGUAGGAGCAUGCAAUUGGCAUGCUGACUGCAAGAAUAUCCACCAGAGCUGUUGGCAGAGAAUUGAAUGUUAAUUUCUCUACCAUAAGCCACCUUAAAUGUAAUUUUAGAGAAUUUGCAGUAUGUUCAACCGGCAUCACAGCCACAGAUCACGUGUAACCACACCAGGUCAGGACCUGCACAUCCGGCUUGUUCACCUGCGGGAUAGUCUGAGACCAGCCACCCGGACAGCUGAUGAAACUGUGGGUAUGUACAACCGAAGAAUUUCUGCAAAAAACUGUCAGAAACCGUCUCAGGCAAGCUCAUCUGUGUGCUCGUCGUCCUUACCAGGGUCUUGACCUGACUGCAGUUCGGUGUCGUAAACGACUUCAGUGGGCAAAUGCUCACCUUCGAUGGCCACUGGCACGCCGGAGAUGUAUGCACUUCACGGAUGAAUCCCGGUUUCAACUGUACC